UACCCAACACAGACUGGAUCUUAGCAUCGGAGAAGGAAAGCAACAGAAGUUGAGUUAUUGACAGAGCAGAGGUAGAACAUACCAGGAGGAGCCAGAAGGACCAGCCAGCCAUGACUCCAGCGCAGAGGGAUAACCAAUUGGCUGAUAAAGUAACAAAUGAAAAGUAACCCGACUCCAUUGGCCUGCGCAACCCGGCGGCAAGGAUGGAAAGGAGUGGGUCUUAGCUCUGCCUCAGCAGGACGGCUAUGGAGUAGGGCUCCUUUCCUGCUGCUGCUGCUGCUGCUGCUGCUGCCGCCGGCUCUCUGCACACCUGUUUCCAGACCCGGCGAAAACAGCACGUUCUUCCUGUCGGAGGACAGAAUUGGAGUCAUAGGAACAGGUCUUACAUCUUUCUGGCUUCCAGGGCUCCCAGGCAUUUCCAGACAUUUCCAGACAUCCUUGGAGCUUGAGAAAUGGAGUGUAACAUACCCAACCAGAGACAGCGGACGAUGUCAACAACAGGAGUAACUCUCUACGAAAUUCUUGGCCUGCAUAAGGGAGCAUCGUGUGAAGAAAUUAAGAAAACCUACAGAAAAUUAGCCCUGAAAUACCAUCCAGACAAGAAUCCAGAUGACCCAUCUGCUGCUGAGAAGUUUAAAGAAAUCAACAAUGCCCACACAAUCCUCACCGACGUGUCAAAGAGAAACAUCUAUGACAAGUAUGGAUCACUGGGACUCUACGUGGCUGAGCAAUUUGGAGAUGAAAACGUUAACACAUACUUCAUGCUGUCAAGCUGGUGGGCAAAGACCCUGUUCAUCAUCAUCGGCCUCUUAACAGGCUGCUACUUCUGCUGCUGCCUUUGCUGCUGCUGCAACUGCUGUUGUGGACGAUGUCGGCCCAAGUCAUCGACAGCAGAAGAGGACUUCUACGUUUCACCAGAGGACCUUGAGGAACAAAUCAAGACUGACAUGGAAAAAGAUACGGACUUUCCAGUUGUUCUCCAGCCUACAAAUGCAAAUGAGAAAACACAGCUAAUCAGAGAAGGAGCUCGAAGUUAUUGUACAGACUCUUGAUGGUGGGCCCAUGGAGGGUUCACAGCUCCUCUUCUCAGUUCAGCCAUGUCUCUGGGUGGUCACAGGGGAGGUGGGAACAUGAAAUGCUGUGAACAUAUUCACAUUUGUAUUUUAUUUUUAGGUUAAGGGGAAGAUGAUUGCUACAUAAUUUUCUCAGACUUUCUCUUUGAGUAGAAUUCCAAAUGAAAAGCAUUCAGUUUGAUGAAUAAAGGCCUGAAGAGUU